AGUUGCAGGUCUACUGGUGAAGAUUAAAGGGGUAGGCCGUUCGUGGUUACUGCUGGAUAGGCUUGAGAUUUUGUCCACACAACAUCAAUGUGGGCCUAGUUGUGGAUUGUGGAAAGGACGCAUAUCUCUGGACUGAUUCUCUGUCUGGCUGAUUUCUACGAGGAUAUUAGGAGCCACGAGGAUAGUUGGAACCACCAGAGGGACCCUGAAUUCUUUAAAAGAUCCAACAAUUGGUGCUAAAAGGUGUCAAAGAUGAUUCGAACCAACAGCUCAGGGUCUGCCACUGUUCGCUGGAAGGAUGGGGAGAAAGGUUCGACAAAAACGUCAGCAUUUAAUAAACAUGGUAACAAACAGUGGGUUCACUCACCCGAGGUGCUAACAAAAGGUUCUUUGGUAUACAAUAUCAAGUUUUUAGGGAACUGCGAAGUUGACCAACCAAAAGGAACAGAAGUUGUACGAGAUGCCAUCAGAAAAAUGAAGUUCAACCAAUCUCUCAAGAAGACAGAAGGACAGAAACCAACUAAGAUCGAGUUAACCAUAUCGUUAGAUGCUGUCACAAUCCAAGAUGCAAAAACCAAGAUGACAUUUUAUCAGUAUCCUCUCCACCGAAUAUCAUAUUGUGCUGACGACAAAGCUGAUAAGAAGGUGUUUACGUUUAUUGCGAGGGAAAACAACUCGGAGAAACAUUCCUGUUUUGUUUUCAGUUGUGACAAAUGUGCUGAGGAAAUCACAUUAACAGUCGGCCAGGCAUUUGAUCUUGCAUAUCGAAGAUUUAUUGAAACGUCUGGGAAAGAGUCUGAUGCGAAGAAAGGACUGGUCCAACUUCAACAAAAGAUAAACAAUUUGGAACAAGAGAACAGAGAGUUAAAGGCGCGAAUCAAAGAUCUAGAAAAAAUGAAAGAUCGCAACGACCUCGAAGGGUACUUGAGGGAGAAUCAGAUCUCCAGCUCUGUACAACUCAGAAAAAUAAGCAAUGGCACACAACAACCGGUGGUUACUUUAUCACCCCCUAGUGGCACCCAGUAUACCAAUGGCGCUAAUGAACCUGUUGUGGGACGACGACUGGAGAAUCUUGUCCUCGACGACUACCCCAACAUGCGGCAGAAGAGUUCAGCAUCAGCAACCUUGUUGCCCCCUCCCAGAAAUCCACGCUCCGGUUCUGUCCACGGUGCUCCAUCUAGCUUACCACUUUACUCACCACCAACAAAGCGCCGCACAAUGACAGCAACUGAUGUAUUUGGCUCCACUCCCUUUGUCGAGGAAGGCUCGACAGAUGCAUUCGGAAUGUCCUCCUUCGAUCCUGUUGCCACAAUGUCACCUGAUCAGCUCAUUGACAUGCAGGCUGGAUUUAGUCGUGGCCUUUCAAUUGGGACUGAAGACUUCUCGCUUGAUAUGCUGGACCCAUUGAAGAUGUGAGAGUGAUUGCUGGCUGAUGAUACGAAAUUGACUUUAAUAGAGUGGGUAUCAUUUCUAGAGAGGUGUCCGCAAUGGUUGGUUGCAGUUUAUAAACAUGUUUCACUGUCCGGACUUGAAGAAGCUUAUGAUUUAUUUUCAAAAAAUAGAUAUGUGUAGUAUCUCCAAGGGAGAAUUAUCAAGCUAUCUACGAACUGCUAAACAAAUAUGGGUCAUCCCAGUAUUCUCUGGGUUUUUGUUUUCAUAUUUGAAUUUUUUUCUGUUCCAUUUGAAUAUCAGCAUUUUGAUCAUGUUGAGUUGUGGUGAUAUAUUUUACCAGUGCAUCUAGCCUGACUUUUCAGCCCAUCCGACCCACAAAAAAAGUUUACUGGGAUUCAGUCAUGAAAUACAGGGAAAAUCUAGUGAUAAAACUAAAUUGUGAGAUUUAAGAUAUUUUGUAGACAAUGUUUACACAAAAUUAUCAUUAUACUAUUUGCCUGUGAUCAAAGUGAUGGCAAAUGUAUGGAGAUCACAUUUGACUCCAUGUAAUAGUUUAUCAAUAAAUGGUGCUUGAUUUGAAUGUACUUAACUUAGGGAGGUAGGGUUAGGCUUCGGUAAGAUUUGAAGGGAAACCAAUGGGAAAUAAUGCCAACGCAGCGCAAUUCUCAUCUAUCAAUUUCCCAUUCAAAGGGUGGUCUUGCCUCAGCAGAUAGUAUCCACAAACAUUCCACCAUCUGUACGGGUAAUCCGUAAACUACAAAUAGUUGGCCUGACAUUAACUCCCACUUUCUACUCCUGACUAUGAGAAAAAUGUGUCGAAGUAUGAUUUCAACUUUUCGCUUGUAAGAAUGUAUCAUAUUUAAUUUUGUUGGCCUUUGAUACUUGUCUAUACUGCUUUUCAAAUUAGUACAGUUGGCUGGAAGAGUAUAGCUAUAUAUUCUUAAACAAACGAGCUUUGUUUGUAGGUUGUGUCAUCAAUUAAGCCUGCACCAAAAUAUGGUGAGGUUUCUUUAAUUCUGUUGAUAGCCAUCAAAAAGCUAUUUUAUUUCAAAAGUUUAAAUGAAAUUUCCAGAAUUGUUGCGAAUUGUUUUGUUCUUUGGUCUUGUACCUGAUGCUGAGGACAUGGGGAUGGACCCUGCCUGCCAUAAAACAAUAUGGUGAUGAAAUCUAUUAAGGUCGACGAUCUUUUGUACAAGUUGUGCAAUUGUGCAACAUGUUUUCUUUAGUCAAGUCGUUAAUCAAAAGGAAAGAGGAAUUUUACCUAACCAUGUGGAUGCUAAUUAUUACAAAUACAUCGUUGUCCUGCUUUCUACAAGUUAAAAGAAUCCUUUGAAAACAAGGGACAUUUUCAGAAAGAAAAAACCGAUAGGAAGACAGUCUGGACUUUGGUAUUUAACUUGCUUAACUCUACGACUGAUUUGUGUUUGUUAAUUAAUUCAAUUCUGUUUUGGAAAUUACGAUGUGAUUAUCCUAGAAUAAAGAAGACAUGAUUCUCAUUA